AUGGUUGCCUCUACAAGGUCCAUCUGUUCCAGUGACCUGAGCUAUGACAGCCGGGUCUGCCUGCCUGGCUCCUGCGAGUCUUGCUCUGAUUCCUGGCAGGUGGACGACUGCCCAGAGAGCUGCUGCGAAGGCCCCUGCUGCGCCCCCAGCUGCUGCCAGCCCAGCUGCUGCCAGCCCAGCUGUUGUGCCACCAGCUGCUGUGCUCCAGCUCCCUGUCUGACCCUCAUCUGCACCCCAGUGAACUGCGAGUCCACCCCAUGCUGCCAGUCAGGCUGCACUAGCUCUUGCAUACUCAUGUGCUGCCAGCAAUCUAGCUGCCAGCCGGCUUGCUGCUCCUCCUCCUGCCAGCCGUCCUGCUGUGAGCCUAUCUGCUGCAAGCCUGUCUGUUGCAAGCCUGUCUGCUGCACACCUGUCUGCUGCACUCCCAUCUGCUCCAGGGCUUCCUCCUCCUGCUGCCAGCAGUCUGGCUGCCAGCUGGCUUGCUGCUCCCGCUCCCUCUGCCAGCCGUCCUGCUGUGUGCCUGUCUCCUGCAAGCCCAUCUGCUGCAUGCCCUCCUCCUCUGUGUCCCUGCUCUGCCACCCCAUGUGCAGACCGGCCUGCUGUGUGCCCGCCUCCUCCUGCUGCACCUCCUCCUGCCAGCCCAGCUGCUGCAAGCCCUCCUCCUCCCUGUCCCUGCUCUGCCGCCCUGCCUGCCCCCGCCCAGCCUCCUGCGGCCUCUCCCUGGGCCAGAAGUCCUGCUGCUGA